GUGUUUUUGUUUUUUUUCAAGUUACCCAUGCAGCCAUGCUGCUUAUGCUGCCAUGUACUUCCGCCAGCUUCCGACUAUGCUGCCAUCCUGCGGGGCCUCCCCGGGGAGACAGGGGCGCGGAGCCGGGGGGUGAAUUAUGGUAUCAACUCCACACCGCAUCGUGGUGAUGGAGUUUGCCGAGUCGCUGCGCCCCUUUGUUUUUCUGUUUUCGACUUUUUUCUCCCCUACUCUAAUUACCCGGAUUACGUUUACACGAGAAGCACGAGCCCGAGGUUGGCAUGUUUACCAGCUUGACACGACCGGGGAGAUGAAAGUAAGGGUGAGUUUUGACAAGUUUCACAAGGGGAGAAGGGAUCUCCAGGGUUUCUCUGGCUUUUCUUUGGGUCUUCUAGGGUUUUUUCAGGGUCUUCCAGCAGAAAAAUUUUGACAUUCUAGAUCCUAUUGAUCGUCUACUAUGAAAGAAUCCAUGUUCGCAGGGCUCUUUACGAAUUGCGCGUUAUCAUCAUGGAUUGAAUCUCGAUUUUGCUCUUGGUCUUUACUAUGUACCACCCUUCAACUUGAGUCUUGCAAGGUUACAGAUAGAUUGAAUCUCAAGGGGGUUCGGCCGAAUACGGUGUUGCGUAUGAGCUGAGUGUUAGCUAACUUAGCACUGCUGGGUACGAUGUUGUAUGUGAUGCUACCACACCUUUCCAGAAUGCCGGUAUUGGGAUUUGGGAUCAUGUACGGUCUUUUCUCUAUGGAA